AGCCCGCGCUCCUGCCCUGCUCGCGCGCUCGCGCUCGCGCUCCCCGGGGUCUCGGCGGCGGCGGCGGCAGCGCGGGGGGGGCGGCGGCGGCGGCCGGGGGCGGCUCCGACCAUGUCGGGCGAGGAGGAGGCGGCGGAGCUGACCAUCGCCGAGGACCUGGUGGUGACCAAGUACAAGAUGGGGGGGGACAUCGCCAACCGGGUCCUGCGUGCCGUGGUGGAAGCAGCCAGCUCGGGAGCGUCGGUUCUGUGCUUGUGCGAGAAGGGAGACGCCAUGAUCAUGGAGGAGACCGGCAAGAUUUUCAAGAAGGAGAAAGAAAUGAAAAAAGGUAUUGCCUUCCCGACGAGUAUAUCAGUAAAUAACUGUGUCUGUCACUUCUCCCCCUUGAAGAGCGACCAAGACUACAUCCUCAAAGACGGAGACUUGGUCAAAAUCGACUUGGGCGUCCACGUGGAUGGCUUCAUAGCGAAUGUAGCACACACUUUUGUCAUAGACGCCUCCAAGGAAAACCCCGUGUCAGGCCGUAAGGCUGAUGUCAUCAAAGCAGCUCACCUCUGUGCUGAAGCCGCUCUGCGCUUGGUGAAGCCUGGAAACCAGAAUACACAAGUGACAGACACGUGGAACAAAAUAGCCCACUCGUUUCACUGCACGCCAAUCGAAGGGAUGCUGUCGCACCAGCUGAAACAGCAUGUGAUCGAUGGAGAGAAAACAAUCAUCCAGAACCCUACAGACCAGCAAAAGAAGGACCACGAAAAAGCAGAAUUUGAGGUCCACGAAGUUUAUGCUGUCGAUGUUCUUGUCAGCAGUGGAGAGGGAAAGGCGAAGGACGCUGGGCAGAGGACUACAAUUUACAAAAGGGACCCCUCCAAACAGUAUGGCUUGAAGAUGAAAACCUCCCGUGCCUUUUUCAGCGAGGUGGAGAGGCGCUUUGAUACUAUGCCAUUUACUCUCAGGGCAUUUGAGGAUGAGAAGAAGGCCAGGAUGGGGGUGGUGGAAUGCGCCAAACACGAGCUGCUCCAGCCUUUCAAUGUCCUCUACGAAAAGGAAGGAGAGUUUGUUGCACAGUUCAAAUUCACAGUGCUUUUAAUGCCCAACGGCCCUAUGAGGAUAACAAGUGGCCCCUUCGAGCCUGAGCUCUACAAGUCGGAGUUUGAGGUGCAAGAUGGAGAACUGAAGGCCCUUCUACAAAGUUCUGCAAGCCGGAAGACCCAGAAAAAGAAGAAAAAGAAGGCCUCCAAGAACGCAGAGAAUGCCACCACGGGAGAGACGGCGGAGGAGAACGAGGCUGGCGACUGAGCGGCUCCCGCUCCCUCCAUGUAGCACCCACUUCACACACACUCGCCCCUUUUUCCCCCCCAAAAAACAGAAACAAAAUCUAGCACUGUUUGUCUCUUACGACCAAACAACAAACAGGCUGGACUUCCCACUGACAACAACCAGCUCCUGUUGACUUUGCCAAUGAGGGAGGAUUCUCUCAGCCACUUCAGACUACUUAAAAAUAAAGCAGGAAAACAAAAUGAGGAGUAAAAGCUAGUCUAUAUCCACUCUUUCUAACCUUUUAUACUAUUCAUACUUGUUAAAGAGGUGAACAACUAAGCCGUUCCCAGUGAGAGGGAGUGUAGAGAGCUGCUUGCUUUCUUCUUCUUCCUUCUCCCUUUUUUUAAUUUCUACCUUUACAGAUUUUCUUGGAGGAAAAAAAAAAAGCUGAUUACGCCCGAGAAAAAGUGACCUGUGUUUAGUGAUAUGGUACGCGCGUACAGUGUAAGGUGACCUGCCUCGCAGCGCUAUCUCAGCUCCUCCCCAGCCGCGUAGGCAUUUCUGUCUGUUACCUUGGGGCAGAGGAUUUCUCACUUUCUUUUAGCCUCUAGAUUGUAUAUUUCUCAUUGGAAAAAUACCAAAUUUUGCGUCCCCUGUGAGACUGUAGGCUGUCCUGUCUACCGCGCUCUGUCUCUGCCUUGGUUUACGUAUAAACACUCUUAUUUUUUAAUACACCGCUGUGGUGAGCUUGUUUUUAAAUUGACUGCCCAACUUGAAAGGAAGCAAAUCAGCGUUCCCCACCUGAUGGCUCUGCGGAGGGGCAGGAGGCAGGCGAGCUGGCUGCCCCAGGGCCGUGCCUGCUGCUCUCCAGUUUGUUUAAAUUCCCUGAUGCCCUGGGGUGUUUUAUUCUUCCUCGUGGCUGGUUUCCAUGGCCUGUGAGUAUGUUCCACUCUUUUAUGUGUAUUGGAUCCUGGAAGGACAUCCUGCCUGCACAUGCUCUCGGUGGCAGUAGGCAAGGGAAAGGCUACAGCAGACUCGGGCUAGAGUCCAGCCAGGGGUAUUGCUCUUUUCUAGUGUUUUUUUUUUUUUUU